GUGUGUCAAUUAAAUUAAGCUCACCAUUCGCACAUACACCACGUUAAUUUAUCUAUUGAUUUACGCUGUACACAUUUAUAACAGUAGCUCGUUUCUGUGUACAAGUUUCAUUCUAGGUUCAGUGAUUUAUUGCCUGGUCGUUUCAGAUGACAGGUUGCCCAAAAAUGUGCAUUUCGACUCAUGUAACGGGCACCUUUGAUAAUUUCCAAUGUCAGCACCGCCUAUGCCUAUGAAAAGCGGGCCACCUCCUGGAGUUUUUGGUCCACCACAGAAUGUUCCAAUGUCUAAUUACCAACCACAAGCUAGUGUACCAAGUGGGAUGACUUCAAUGCCUCCUACCCAGUUGCAGCAUCCACAACAGCAGCAUCCACAAUCACAUGGUCAACUGCCUCCACUCUCAAAUAGUUAUAAUGGUUUUAGUAGCCCUCCAUCUAUAGGUCAUUCUCAAGCUAUGAACACAGUUAGAAGUGGGCCUCCCAGAAUGUCAUCAGGGCAAUCAUAUAAUUAUGCUUCAUCCCAAAAUGUAGGUUCACUUGGUCAAUAUGGUCCAUCAGAUAGUGGGCCUCGAAUGUUAGUUCCUUCUUCUGUGAGUGCUCCUCAUCCCCCUAUGUCUUCACAGCCUUUUGUUAAUGGCCCCAGCAGUAUGGAACCUAAUUCCAUUGCCCAGUAUCCUAAAAAUUCCAUGGGCCCCCCACAGAAUAUUGUACCCUUUUCUAGUGAGUCCAAACCUACUUACCCUGCAGCCGGUCAUCCUUCAACAACAGGAUCUAUGAGGCCUCCAUUACCAUCUCAACCAUUACAAAAUCAGCAACAGCAUCAGCAAAUACCUGGUUAUAAUAUGGGACCUGUAAAUCCAAACACCAGCAGUGCUAUUGGGAGUAUGCCACCUAUGACUAGAACUCCAAGACCACCACUCCCCACAAGUAACAUGGGUGGAAUUGGACCCCCACCCACAAGUUCAAGACCUCCUCUUCUUUCACAUGCUACUCCUCCUGUACCAGAUGCUCAGUACAAUAAUAGUCCAAAUCCACCUGCAGUUUCUGGACAGAUUCCAGGAAGUCAUAUGCAAGGGGGUGCCAGACCACCCAGCAUCACCACGACUUUGGCUCCAGAGGAGUUACCUGCUCCUUACCAUGGACAAGCCCAGUAUUCACACCAAAUCACAAAUUAUUUGUCGACUACCAGCAAUUCAGGCCCACCUUCACAGAAAUCUUCACGAGCGCCAUCUCCAAUUGCUAGUCAGUCAUAUGAUGCACUAGAAGGGCAAUUUACUCCAUCAAGUGGUCAUCCAAUGUCCAUGCCACCCCAGCCUUCUCAAACAGGUGCACCACCGACAACAGGACGAAUAACUGGAAAGCGUCAGUAUCCUCAAAUGCCUUCUCAGAUGCAAUCUCCAGCUCACCCAGCAAGCAUGUCAACUUCAGGAAUGCCUCCAGUUUAUUCAGGAAGUCCAAUGCAUGCGCCACAACAGUUGCAACAACCCCCACAACAGAUGCAGCAACCUCCACAACAGAUGCAGCAACCUCCACAACAAUUGCAACAGUCAAUACAUCCUCAACAACCACAACAAUAUCAACCCCAGCAACAACAACAAAGUUCUCAAUAUUCUACAAGUGGAGGAAUGGCUGGUAUUACUGGAGGAAUGAGCAAUCUUAGUACAAAGGACACUAUUAGUGAUGUCGUUGAUUUGAUACAGCAACGAAAACUCAUCGGCCCAGAAGGAGUUGAGACACCUAUUAACUGUUUACCAUAUGAAUUUAGUAAAACAAAUGCAAGUCCAGAAAUAUUCCGUUGUACGUUAAAUGCUGUACCCCAGACUUCAGCGUUAUUGACCAAAUCUCGAUUACCAUUAGGAGUAAUUAUCCAUCCAUUUAAAGAUCUUACGCAGCUGCCUGUGAUAACAUCCACUGUGAUUGUACGUUGUCGUUCCUGUCGCACAUACAUCAAUCCUUUUAUAAGUUUUGUGGAUCGUACUCGAUGGAAGUGCAACCUGUGUUAUAGAAUCAAUGACUUACCAGAAGAAUUUUCUUUUGAUCCCGUAUCAAGAACAUAUGGAGAUCCACAACGCAGACCUGAAGUGAGAUCUUCUACAAUUGAGUUCAUUGCACCUUCUGAAUACAUGUUGCGACCUCCUCAGCCAGCUGUGUACCUCUUUGUUUUGGAUGUAACAUAUAAUGCAAUAGAAACUGGUUAUCUUACAGUUGUAUGUAAAACCUUACUGGCAGAACUAGAAAAAUUACCUGGUGAUUCACGUACACAGAUAGGUUUUAUAGCUUUUGAUAGAGCAAUCCAUUUUUUCAAUUUAGCUGAAGGUCUGUCUCAGCCUCAAAUGCUGACUGUCUCUGACAUAGAUGAUAUUUUCCUUCCAUUACCUGACAGUUUGCUAGUGAAUUUACAUGAAAGCCAUGACCUUGUGCAAGACCUGUUGCAACAACUUCCUCAGCUUUUUGCAAACAACAUGGAAACCGGAAAUGCACUAGGAGCCACUUUAGAAGCUUCAUAUAAACUUCUUAGUCCAACUGGAGGAAGAAUAACUGUGUUUCAAACAUGCUUGCCUUCAGCAGGACCUGGAGCACUUCAAGUUAGAGAAGACAUUUCUAAAUCAAACAAGAAUAUUCCAAAUCUUGGCCCAGCAACAGAUUUUUACAAAAAGCUUGCCUUGGACUGUUCUGCUCAACAAGUUGCUAUUGAUUUAUUCAUGUUAAAUACUCAGUAUGCUGACAUUGCCACUGUUGCCUGUGCAUCCAAAUAUUCAGGUGGCUGUGUGUACCAUUACCCAUCAUUCCAUACUGUCAGGAGUCCUCCUAUGACUGAUAAAUUUGAGUCUGAUUUUGCACGUUACCUUUACCGUAAAAUAGGCUUUGAGGCUGUGAUGAGAAUCCGUUGCACUAGAGGUCUCAGUAUCCAUACUUUCCAUGGAAACUUCUUCGUUCGCUCAACAGAUCUUCUUUCACUGCCAAAUAUCAAUCCUGAUGCUGGGUUUGGAAUGCAGAUGUCCAUUGAGGAAUCCUUAAAUGAAAGCAAUACUGCUUGUUUUCAAGCUGCCCUUUUAUAUACAUCAAGUAAAGGGGAACGACGGAUAAGAGUUCAUACGCUGUGUUUGCCAGUAACUACUGAACUGAGUGCAGUCCAUGCAGGAGCUGACCAGCAAGCCAUUGCAGCUCUUCUUGCCAAGAUGGGUGAGUUUUGUAUUUUCCAUUUCCAGAUCUAUAUGAUAUCAAAUCAGCAAGAAAAUAUGUAAGUUGAGACCAUUUAG